AUGUCCGCCGCCAUCGCCGCCAUCCUCCUCCUCUCCCCCGACAACCCAUGCAACACCACCGUCGUCGAUGACGCCACUAGCAAGGCACUCUACGUCGUCCGCACUGAGCACCCGAAGUCCGGCACAGUCACGCGCGGCAAACACGAAGACGAGAUUGCGUCGCUCGAAUGGAAGAGCACGCGUUCCGACCGGGUGACUCUCACCAGCUUUGGCGGACCGAUGUCUCUUCGCGAAUGGCUCCAUCCAAGCCUUAUUCCCUUCCGAAGCGAAGUGUCAUGGAAAGACCGCAUGGGCCGCAAGUACAAGUGGCGCGGGAACGAGCCGGGACGCCAGCUCGAGCUGUACUCCGAGGACGAUGGCUUCGCCUCCCUCAUCGCGCGCUUCAAGCGGGUACACCGCGACGACGCUGGCGUAGAGAAGAGCGCGUGCUUGCUGUUCACCGCUCGCGGGAUCGAGGUGCGCGACGACGCCGUCGUCUCGUUCCUCUUCCUCGAGCGCGCUCGGCGAGAGCACGAGACGACAGUCGUGCGGACCGCGGACUCUCUAGCGGCGGGUGCGGCGGUCGGGAGCGCUGUCUUCAAUGUUAAGGCCUGA